AUGGAGAACUACAAGAAGACAAAGAUUGUGGAAAAACCUUGUCCUCUUCCUUUCGCUGACCUACCCCCCGAUAUUAUUGAAAUGAAGGUGAAAGACGGGAGCAAAAUCAGAAACCUGAUGGGCUACGCCAUCGGCAAGAUGGAGCUGGACUCGGUGCGGCAGAUCCUUUUCACAGGCUCGGGCAAGGCUGUCAGCAAGACCAUCACCUGCGUGGAGAUCAUGAAGCGAAGGCUCAAGGAACUCCACCAGAUCACCAAAGUGCUCUUCAAACAGAUUGAGGAGAUCUGGGAGCCCAUUGUGCCCGAAGCUGGCCUCGAUGCCUUGACGGUGAAGAGAAACAUUCCUGCCAUAUGCAUCUUGCUUAGCAAAGAUGCCCUUGAUCCCCAAGAGCCGGGAUAUCAGGCUCCGGGCUCCUUUGAAGCCUUCUGGAUUGAGACUCUCAAAGCAGAGGCUCAGGGCCAAGUGAAGAGGAAGCAGGGGGGAGGAAGGGGAGCUGGCAACCCAGGAAAGCACCCUCGGUCUGCUGAAGGGCAGGAGGAGUCCUGCGAAAAUUCCUGAGACACAGACACAUUUGGGUGUAACUUGGGGGUU